AUGUCUUCGGCCACUGGCGGAGAUCGAGGAUUGGAGUCAUCUUUGGAAGCUAGUAUGAGCAGUACCUGCUCUUAUGGAUCCACACGGGCCAGGAUCUUUAAGAUUAUUGUGAUUGGUGAUUCCAAUGUGGGAAAGACCUGCCUGACUUACCGCUUCUGUACCAGCUACUUCCCUGAACGGACUGAGGCCACAAUAGGUGUAGACUUUCGGGAGAGGAGCGUAGAGAUCGAUGGGGAGAAGAUUAAGAUUCAGCUAUGGGACACAGCAGGACAGGAGCGUUUUCGUAAGAGUAUGGUGCAACACUAUUACAGAAAUGUGCACGCUGUGGUUUUUGUGUAUGAUAUCACAAACAUGGCUAGUUUCCAGAGCCUACCAGCCUGGAUUGAGGAGUGUAAGCAACAUUUGCUCACAAACGACGUGCCGCGCAUUCUGGUUGGAAAUAAAUGUGACCUAAAGGACUCCAUUCAAGUGCCCACUGAUCUCGCUCAGAAGUUUGCCGAUGCUCACAGCAUGCCAAUGUUUGAGACCUCUGCCAAGAAUACCAAUGACCAUGUGGAAGCCAUUUUUAUGACUCUGGCACACAAGCUUAAAAGUCACAAGCCGUUAGUUUUGAGUCAGCCUCCAGAGAGCACAGUGGAGCUGAAUUCUGUGCCAAAGACCUCUUUUCCCUGUGGAUGUUAG